AUGGGUGGUGGAGAGAGGUAUAACAUUCCAGUUCCCCAGUCUAGAAAUGGUAGUAAGAACCAACAGCAGCUUAAUAGACAAAAGACCAAGGAUCAGAAUUCCCAGAUGAAGAUUGUUCAUAAAAAAAAAGAAAGAGGACAUGCUUAUAAUUCAGCAACAGUUGCAUGGCAGGCCAUGCAAAAUGGAGGGAAGAACAAAGUACAUUUCCCGAAUAAUCAAAAUUGGAACUCUGGUUUGUCAAGCCCCGGCUUGCUUUUUAAGACUCAAACAAAUCAGAAUUAUGCUGGAGCCAAAUUUAGUGAGCCCCCAUCACCAAGUGUUCUUCCAAAACCACCAAGCCACUGGGUUCCUGUUUCCUUUAGGAAUCCUUCUGAUAAAGAAAUAAUGACAUUUCAACUUAAAACCUUACUUAAAGUACAGGUAUAA